AUGGAAGCCGAGGGCCUUGUUGUGGACCAGAAGGGAGACACGUGCAACUCCUAUGUCAAGGUGGGGUUGGUGCCAAACAGAGACGCCAGAACACUACGCAGGACAAAGACAGUGCCUGACUGCAGAAACCCCGUCUAUCAGGAGACCUUCGUGUUUGCCAUGGGUGAUGAGGAGCGAUACGAACGACUGCUGGUGACCAUGUGGCACAGUGACCGCCACACUCCAAGGAAGCUCGUGGGCUGCAUGAGUUUUGGGGUGCGUUCGCUCAACAACCCAGAGAAGUUCUUCCAGCAGCUCCCGCUCCGAUUCCGGCUCCAGUUCCGAUUCUGGCUCCAACCCUGA